AAAGGCAUACAAACGUUAACUGAGAGUUGUUAAUGCAUCCUGGAAGCAGUUAGCGCUAUUUCACAUUGUUAAGAUUGCUGUCAAAAAUAAGGGCGCAUGGCGAAUCACAGAUAGAAGCACCUACAGGUGGAGAAACAAAAGGAGCUGCCGCUGUCCUUUUCAUCAAUACAUCCUUAAAGGGUAUAAAACGGGCCUGAACAUCACUCCUGAAUGGAUUAGGAGGACCACAGGACAUAGCACAACCAUACAUGAACCAAAGACAACAGUUGCGCUUCCAAUCCAUGCACCCAAGCCAACUUUUAUUCAGAACGUAACUGAGUGUAUUUCAUAAAUCGCUCGUAAAAGGGAACGCGCAAUUUGUUUGCACAGAAAGAACUUCACGAAAACUAUAGUUAUAAUUCAUAUAAAGUUAAAAGGGAACGUAAAGAGGCUUAUUAGAAUCUUUCUGGAAGACAACUUUUGGAACCUGAACCCUGGACUUCUGAGGUAAACUGAAUCGCAAAGCAACCUCCCAUGCGGCUGGAAGGAGCAAGAAUGGACUUGAUCAAAAAAAUAUGGACGGCUCGGAAACUCAUUCUCGUGGUCAUGAUCCCGUUAUUGCUGCUUCCUCUGCCACUCAUCCACCCGUGUAGUGAAUCAUCUUGUGCCUACGUCCUGAUAGUGACAGCGGUGUAUUGGGUAUCUGAAGCUGUGCCAUUGGGUGCUGCUGCGCUGGUGCCAGCUUUCCUGUACCCGCUGUUUGGGGUCCUUAAAUCCAGUGAGGUGGCCUCGGAGUAUUUUAAGGACACCACUCUGUUGCUGAUGGGGGUCAUAUGUUUGGCUGCCUCCAUUGAGAAAUGGAAUCUGCAUAAACGCAUCGCUCUCCGGAUGGUCAUGAUCGCUGGAGCCAAACCUGGCAUGCUGGUGUUGGGGUUCAUGUGCUGUACUGUUUUCCUCUCCAUGUGGUUGAGCAACACAUCCACCACAGCGAUGGUGAUGCCGAUCGCUGAAGCCGUGCUACAACAACUGAUCUGCACCGGAAUCGCAGAUAGUCUUGAAGACUCGGUGACCAUGGACACACAGGAUGAGGAGAGUGAUAAAGAGGAAAACCAAAAAUUAAGCAAGAAUCAACUUAAGCUGAUGGACCGUACAGACAAUAAAAAACAUGAAGUCUGCAUGCUGAAUGAGGAGACAAAUGGUCCAGCAUUAAUUCCUGGUUUCGGCCCAGAAUUUUCUAAACACAUUAAUGGAUAUCUGCCAGAGGCUCCAGUCAGCAUUCCUGUGCCAAAGAAACCCAAAAUCCGUCGGGAUUCUCUGUACCCCACCAAGAGAGAUCACAUGAUCUGCAAAUGUCUGUCUCUUAGCAUCACGUACGCGGCUACCAUCGGCGGACUCAUCACCAUAACAGGCACAUCCACCAACCUCAUCUUUGCCGAACAAUUCAACAAUCGUUACCCAGAAGCAAAGAUCAUCAAUUUUGGCACCUGGUUCAUCUUCAGCUUGCCGAUCGCUCUGAUUAUGCUGAUACUCACCUGGAUCUGGCUGCACUUUUUAUUUCUGGGAUGCAAUUUUAGAGAGACUUGCUCUCUAAGCAAGAAACGCAAAACCAGGCGUGAGAUCCUUUCUGAGAAACGUAUUCAUGAGGAGUAUCAGAAACUCGGCCCUAUCAGCUAUCCUGAAGUCGUGACAGGUGUCUUCUUUGUUCUGAUGACCGUACUGUGGUUCACCAGGGAACCAGGAUUUGUCCCGGGCUGGACAUUGCUAUUUGAGAAGAAGGGCUACAGGACUGAUGCCACAGUGUCGGUGCUGCUCGGCUUCCUCCUCUUCCUCAUUCCUGCUCGAAAGCCCUGGCCAUCUGCAGUCUCCAGUGAGAACAAAGGUGAUGAUGAGGAUGAGGAAGAGGAUCCAUUAGCACCAAUGAUCACAUGGAAAGACUUUCAGAGACUCAUGCCAUGGGAGAUUGUUAUUCUGGUUGGAGGGGGAUAUGCGCUGGCUGCCGGAUGUAAGGUGUCAGGUCUCUCUAUGUGGAUUGGACGGCAGCUGGAGCCAAUGAGUGGUCUUCCUCCCUGGGCCGUCACACUGUUGGCCUGCCUGCUCGUGUCCGCCGUCACAGAGUUCGCCAGCAACCCCGCAACGCUCACAGUUUUUCUACCCAUCCUGUCUGCCUUGUCAGAGACUCUGCAGAUCAACCCUCUACACACUCUCAUCCCCGCCACCAUGUGUGUGUCCUUUGGUGUCAUGCUGCCUGUUGGAAACCCGCCAAAUGCCAUUGUGUUCAGUUAUGGACACGUGCAGAUCAGCGACAUGGUAAAGGCUGGAUUUGGUGUGAAUCUGAUUGGAGUUUUUGUGGUCAUGUUGGCCAUAAUGACGUGGGGAGAGACACUUUUCCACCUGAGCGAGUUCCCCACCUGGGCAGUGAUGCGUAACGUCACGGGCAGCAUGUAGUUGGCAGAAAACAGAAGAUGCAAGUGUGUGUGUGAGACUGAGUCAAAGCAGUGUGUGUUUGACAUGUAGGGACUGAAAACACUGAAUAUACACUGAAGGAGGCACACACCUGUUAUGGCCUUAUUUUUCCCCUGUACGUGGAGUACAGAGUUAAGAAGACAGUAUCUGUGAUGCCUCGUGGGUCCGUGAGAUGCAGAACUUUUAUAUACUUUGAGGUUAAAGGAAUUCGUCACCCAUUCAAAUGAAACGUUUCAUCUAUUACAUUUAAAAAGCUAUCGUGAACGAAAGCACAAUUGGUUGCAAAUAUUCAAAGUUACCAGCUUCUUUUCACUUAUAGAUCAGUGUUGCCUUAAAGUAUUGGCUUAGAUUAAAGUAAUAUUCUGGCUUCAAUACAAGUGAAGCUCAAUUGACAGCAUUUGUGGCAUAAUGUUGAUCACCACAAAAAAAGAAUUUUGACAUCCCUCCUUCUCUCCAAAAAAAAAAAAAAACUCAGCGAGUAAAGACGCUGACUACCACCCCUGGAGUUGCUAGUUUGAAUCCAAGGCAUGCUGAGUACCAGGUCUCCUAAGCAACCAAAUUGGCCCGGUUGCUUGGGAAGGUAGAGUCACAUGGGGUAACCUCCUCGUGGUUGCUAUAAUGUGGUACGCUCACGUUGGGGUGGGUGGUGAGUUGUUCGUGGAUGCUGCGAAGAAUAGCGUGAAGCCUCAACAUGCGCUAUGUCUCUGCGGUAACGCGCUCAACAUGCCACGUGAUAAUAUGCGUGGAUUGACAGUCUCAGACGCGGAGGCAACUGAGAUUCGUCCUCCACCACCCGGAUUGAAGCAAGUCACUACGCCACCACAAGGACUUAAAGCGCAUUGGGAAUUGGCCAUUCCAAAUAGGGGAGAAAAAG